UCGCUCUGAAGUAUUUACCAAUUUAUGAAACGAGACUAUUGAUUGGUUGGUCGUGGUCACAUGGUAGUGCGUAUGUCCGUUACUCGUUAUUAGUUUGGCGGGCACGCUAUAGUCUGUGAGUUUCAGUGGUAUUAACUUGAACACGUAUUAAAAUGGCUGGUGGUAAAGCAGGUAAAGAUUCCGGGAAAGCGAAGGCCAAAGCUGUAUCUCGUUCAGCCCGUGCUGGAUUACAGUUUCCAGUAGGAAGAAUACAUAGACAUUUGAAAAAUAGAACAACAAGCCAUGGACGUGUUGGAGCUACAGCCGCAGUUUAUUCAGCUGCUAUUUUGGAAUAUUUGACUGCUGAGGUACUCGAAUUGGCGGGUAAUGCCUCAAAAGAUUUAAAAGUAAAACGUAUCACACCACGUCAUUUACAAUUAGCCAUCCGUGGUGAUGAAGAAUUGGACAGUUUAAUAAAAGCCACUAUUGCGGGUGGUGGUGUUAUACCUCACAUCCACAAAUCACUUAUUGGAAAGAAAGGGGCUCACACGCAACCUGCUUAAACAAUUAAGACUAAAAAUAAUUACAACAAAUAAAUCAACGCUUAUGGAUUCAAAAUAUAAUCAAAAAAACAUGAAAUAAAAAUUAAAUUUAAUUAAACUUAUUUAAGGAAUGCCAUUAUUUUUCAUCAAACAUUUAAUUAAUGAAUAGAUGAAUAUAUUGUGUAUCAUUUUAAUAAUUUAGAACGGUGUUCAACAAAUGUCGAUCGAAUGAUGUAUCGUUAUCUUAUAAUCGUUAAAAAACAAACAAAAAAUCAAAAUGUAUGCCAAUAAUCUGUUUUAAUAUUAUUGACGUACAUAAUCACCCCACCAUAUAAUUAUCAUACCUACCAAUUUAUUGUAUCAGGCACGUACAAAGAAUAUUUUCUCAAAAGGGGGGUAUUUUCAUAUUCAAAUUGUAAUUCCGUUUAUUAUCUAUAAGCCAUUACUGGAAUUGUAUUUUCCAUAUUCUGAAUACGUGCCAUGAUGAUUCUUUUAUUUGAUAAAAACCUUUUAUUAUUACUUUUUCGUUUAUACUCGAAA